AUGUAUGAUGGGAGUAUUUACCUGCUGGUGGUAUUUGCAGCGUCUCAGGAGAAACCGUGCACUCAGCCCACUGUGAAGAAACUCCUGGAGCAGAAGAGAAAGAGAGAAACGCCAUCCUGCUCCCAGCGCAGCCUCGCUCCCCCAAACUACACCCUGUCUGCAGGAGAACCCUCUACUAAUCCAGGCGGCUCAAGCGUACCUUCAGACAUGGCAGUGAGCUCUCAGCUGUGGACUCCAGCAGAAGACACGCUUUUUAGUUUUCCGACGUCACCCCCGGGUCCCAGCUACACCUGCUCCUACAGCCUCCCGGUCAGCCCAGAAUACCAGCAUUUCCAAAACUUCGCCAACACGCAGCCUUAUCAGGAAUCCCUGGUGACAGACUCCAGUGUAAGUUUGUCGUGGUCCCUUGAGCCCAGCCACAGUUCCGCCCCGACUUUCGGUUCUCCACUGGAUUCAAACAAGCUGCUGAACGCCCGGAUGUUUAUCAAUGGGAUGGACUACAGCAGGACGGCCGAGCAGGACGAGGACGGAGACACCAUUCUGCACAUCUACAGCGCUAAAGGAGUCCGCGAGUACGCGUACGCUGCUGCGGAGAGGUUGCGAUCAAUGAACAAGCUGGAUGCAAAAGAGCACAAGGGCAAGACGGCUUUACUUGUGGCGGUGGCUGCGAACCAGCCGGAGAUCGUGCAUGACCUCCUGUCGCUGGGAGCAGAUAUGAACGCCUGCGAUGUGAACGGACAGACCGCUCUGCAUCUGGCCUCGCAGUACGGCUACAGCGUGGUCCUGCAGGCCUUGUUGUUGAGCUCCAACCCUGCUAACCUCGAGGCGCGCAACUUUGAAGGAAUGACGCCCUUGCACUGCGCUGCCCUGUCUCACUGCGACGCCAUGAAAGCAGGUUACGCCGGAGGAAGCUCAGAGGUGAAGGACCAUCUGCUCUGUGUUCAAAUGCUCCUGAGCGCUGGGGCCUCUCUGCUCAGCCAGGAAAUUAAGAGCAACAAGACCGUGUUGCACCUGGCCGUGAAGGAGGGGAACUUGGAUCUGGUGCGCUUCCUGCUCCACCAUCCACAGGCCGAUAAAGACUUUGUCAAUAUGAAAGCUCACGGCAACACCGCGCUGCACAUGGCGGCCGGCCUCCACACCAGUCCUCAUCAGAAGGAGAUGAUGCAGCUGCUGUUGAGCCGGGGAUCUGACCCGAGCCUCAGGAACCUGGAGAACGAGCAGGCGGCCCACCUCCUGCAGGGGGGAGCGGAGGGCGAGCAGCUCAGACUGUUGUUGAAGAGACGCAGCACUUUGUCUCGACGCCGUGUCUUUUCUUCACACGACUCAUUUUAA